GUGCGUCCUGGAGCCGGAAGGGAACGUGGCGCGCUGCGGCGGAGAUGGCCGGGGCGGUGAGCCCACCGCCGGCCCCGAGCGGCCGCGGGAGAAAAAAAGUCAUAGUCGCAGCAGCCGCUGGUGUACAGCUUAUCAUCUCCCCGGUUUCCUGCCAAUUGCUUUACGUUGAGCAGCAGCCAAGCUGGACAGAUGACCUUCCACUCUGCCACCUCUCUGGGGUUGGUACUGCCUCCAACCGCAGCUACUCUGCUGAUGGUAAGGGCACUGAGAGCCACCCACCAGAGGACAGCUGGCUCAAGUUCAGGAGUGAGAACAACUGCUACCUGUACGGGGUCUUCAAUGGCUACGAUGGCAACCGAGUGACCAGCUUCGUGGCCCAGCGGCUGUCUGCCGAGCUCCUGCUGGGCCAGCUCAGCGCCGAGCACACCGAGGCGGACGUGCGGCGCGUGCUGCUGCAGGCCUUCGAUGUGGUAGAAAGGAGCUUCCUGGAGUCCAUCGAUGAUGCACUGGCUGAGAAGGCAAGCCUCCAGUCCCAGCUGCCAGAGGGUGUCCCUCAGCACCAGCUGCCCCCGCAGUACCAGAAGAUCUUCGAGAGACUCAAGGCUCUGGAGAGGGAGAUUUCCGGAGGAGCCAUGGCCGUCGUGGCUGUCCUGCUCAACAGCAAGCUCUAUGUCGCCAAUGUCGGUACAAAUCGUGCCCUUUUGUGCAAAUCCACGGUGGACGGGCUGCAGGUGACCCAGCUGAACGUGGACCACACCACGGAGAACGAAGAUGAGCUUUUCCGCCUCUCUCAGCUCGGUUUGGAUGCAGGAAAGAUCAAGCAGGUGGGCAUCAUCUGUGGGCAGGAGAGCACCAGACGCAUCGGGGAUUACAAGGUCAAAUACGGCUACACUGACAUCGACCUACUCAGCGCUGCCAAGUCCAAGCCGAUUAUCGCGGAGCCCGAAAUCCACGGUGCGCAGCCCCUGGACGGAGUGACUGGCUUCCUGGUGCUGAUGUCGGAGGGGCUCUACAAGGCUCUGGAGGCCGCCCACGGGCCCGGGCAGGCCAACCAGGAGAUCGCCGCCAUGAUCGACACGGAGUUCGCCAAGCAGACUUCCCUGGAUGCCGUGGCCCAGGCCGUGGUAGACCGGGUGAAGCGCAUCCACGGGGACACCUUUGCCAGUGGCGGUGAGCGCGCCAAGUUCUGCCCGAGGCACGAGGACAUGACCCUGCUGGUGAGGAAUUUUGGCUACCCUCUUGGUGAGAUGAGCCAGCCCACGCCAUCCCCGGCUCCAGGAGGACGUGUGUACCCCGUCUCCGUGCCGUACUCCAGCGCCCAGAGCACCAGCAAGACCAGCGUGACCCUCUCCCUUGUCAUGCCCUCCCAGGGCCAGCUGGUCAACGGGGCCCACAGCGCUUCCACGCUGGACGAAGCCACGCCUACCCUCACCAACCAGAGCCCAACCCUGACACUGCAGUCCACCACCACGCACACGCAGAGCAGCAGCUCCAGCUCCGACGGGGGCCUCUUCCGCUCCCGGCCCGCCCACUCUCUCCCACCUGGCGAGGACGGCCGCGUCGAGCCUUACGUGGACUUUGCUGAGUUUUACCGCCUCUGGAGCGUGGACCAUGGCGAGCAGAGUGUGAUGACAGCCCCGUAGCCCCAGCUAGGGGAUGUGGCCUGAGCAGGACCUUGCCCGGGGACAAGGGGGCCCAGCUUUGCGGCCGGAUGGGCCUUUUCCUGGCAUCUGCCUGUUCUGAGGUGGGGCAGGGCGCUGGGGAGCACCUAGUCCUCAGCCUGCACCACACUCCCACCCCACCCGCACCCAGCCGUACUGGGUGCAGCAGAGAACGUUCUCCGAGAGCAGCCCUGCAUACCAGACCUUGGCCCAGCAAAGGGGGCUGGAGGCCCCCCCCUCAGGCAGACUGAGCUGGGACCGCUGCAGUUUCUCCAGCAGGGCAGGGCAGAGGCCACGCAGACUGCAGGCCUGCUGUGUGGGGCGGACCUCAAGGAGUUCUGUGGCCCAGCCAGGGGCCUGGCAGCCGCUGCUUUCUCUAACCCCGCAGCCCUGGGCAGGGUUCCUCCCUCCCUUCUUCAGCCUCCAGACUCGAGCCCUGGGUGGCAUCUGCGCCUUCGAAGCCUGCACCUGUCCCUGGGCCUCCCCAGGUUGUUUCCAGUGGUCAGUGUUCACGAAGGCCAAGGGAAGCUUCGGGAGCCUGGGCUGGCUAUACCUCUGGGCAGAUCAAGUCGAAAGGGGCGGGAGGUCCAAGAGGAGCCCUGGUCCUAGAGCCCACCGAAGGGGUGGUCUGGGCAUGGCUGAGCCUCCGCAGGCCUGGGGGUACAGGAGAGGUCAGGACGUGCCGGGACUGAGUGGGGAUAGUGGCCGCUCACUGACAAGUGAGUCUUUACUGGCUUUAAGGGAAAAACAGGUCAGGAGUCAGGCUGGUGGGGGCGUGUUGCAAAGACCCGUGGGAAAGAGGUUCUUGGAUACCAGGUGGCCCAGGUGACCGGGAACCUCAGAGGCAUGCCCCACUUUUGCAGACACUUAGGGAUGGAAUCGGAGCAGCCCAGGCCCCGAGAGCACACAUUCUCUGCCUUCGGUGGGCAUAGUCUGGCAGGGCUGUCCCCAGUGGCGGAAGAGGAGGCAGGCCCAGGAGACUCCCAGCUUGCCGUCUCCCACAGUCCGCAGUGGAGCAGAAGUCAGACCUCUUCAUCAGUCUUGGAGGCGGCCCUGGAUCCCUCCGCCCCUCUCCAGCUCCUGCCCCACAACACCCCAGACACAGCUUUUACCAGGGACCGGGAGUUGCGUGCAGCCUCCAGGGUGCCUGGACUUGAAACAGUCAUAGGCAGGCUCCAAGGCCCCGCUCGCUGGGCGGUGCAGGACCCCAUCUCCCUGCGGCUGAGCUGAGCGGGCAGGUGCGGGGCGGGCGGGGGACAGUCUUCAGGGAGAGCAAGAGCCUCUUGGCCAGAGGGCCGCCACCACCCGUCACUACAAGGCCAUCACUGUCCCGCAGGUGAGCAGAUUUAAAGUCUGUCUCUAGGGCUUGCAAACAAAGAGAAUUCUCUUCCAAGAAUGUCUCUGUGAUGCUGUUUGGUGUCUAGAAAUAGAAUCCCUUUUUUACGGCAAUAAAGAAAAAGUAAGAGGUGGUCUUA